AUGGAGGUUCUCAUGCUCUUCUUCCUAUUCAUCUUCAUUCUCAAUGCCUCUGCCCUGAAAAUCAUCACACCAGGGGAUUCCAUCAAAGAUGGUGAAACCCUUGAAUCAGAUUACGGAAUCUUCGAGCUGGGGUUUUUCAGUCCAGGGAAUUCCAACAACCGAUACAUCGGAAUAUGGUACAAAACUUCAAACACCACCGUCGUUUGGGUGGCCAAUAGGGAAGAUCCAAUCUCUGAUAACAACGGAGUUUUAAGCUUGGACAACAAUGGAACCUUGGCACUCUUUAAUGCAACCAACGCCUUACUUUGGUCUAUGAACACAUGGAGAACUCCCAGGGAGCCUGUUUUGAAGCUCUUGGAUUCGGGAAACCUCGUAGUGAAAGAGAGAAACGAUGAUAAUCCAUUGAAUUAUUACUGGGAAAGUUUCGAUUAUCCAUGUGAUAACUUUUUGCCGGGGAUGAAGAUCGGGAAGAACUUGGUUACUGGGUUCGAGUACUAUACAUCGGCGUGGAAAUCUUCAGAUGAUCCAUCUCAAGGACAAUAUUCAUUAAGGAUGGAUACUCGUGGAUUUCCACAACUUGUUGUGAAGAAAGGAUCGGAAACAGUUUACAGAGUUGGUUCAUGGGACGGCCAUUUCUUCUCGGGCCGGAAACCAGAAGAAAAUCCUGUUCCAAUUUACUCGUAUCAUUUCGUCAUGAAUCAAAACGAAGUCUACUUCAGAUUCAGAUCGGAGGUUCUGAACAGUUCAUUUAUUUCCAGGUAUGCGAUGAAUCCAUCUGGUCUAAUGCAACGUUUCAUAUGGCGAGAAGAGAGACGAGAAUGGCAGAUUUUCUCGACGGCGCAAGCCGAUAUAUGUUCAACUUACAACUUAUGUGGAUCAUAUGAAAUCUGCGGAUCCAACAGUUUUACACCAUGUUCUUGUCUGCAAGGAUUUUUGCCCAAGUCGUUAACUUUUAACUCCACCAAUAAUAUGUUGGAUAGCGGAUGUGUUCGAAGAAUAGCGUUGGACUGUAAAGGCGGAAGCGAUGUAUUUUUUAAGCUUACUCGGUUGAAAUUACCGGACACUUGGAAUUCAUGGGCUAAUAGCACCAUGAAUCUGGAACAGUGCAAGGACUUGUGUCUGCAAAACUGUUCCUGCACGGCCUAUGCGAAUUUAAAUGCUAAAGAAAGAACCGGUUGCUUGCUUUGGUUCAACCAACUGAUUGACAUUUCAGAGUUUUCCGAGGAUAGCCAAGAUCUUUAUAUUCGAUUGGCUAAAUCAGAGCUAGAUGAAAUUGAAAGAAAGAAGUCAAAGGGAAAGGAUAAGGCAGUUGCUAUAGCCACCCCCAUCAUACUAACCAUGGGAUUAAUGCUAACAAUGGCUCUCUUGUACAAAUUCAAGACAAAUGCAGGUAAAAACAAGGAAAGGAUGGAGCUAACAAUAUUUGAUUUUGCAACUAUUGCUCAUGCUACAAAUAACUUCUCAACCGCCAACAAGCUAGGACAAGGUGGCUUUGGUUGUGUAUACAAGGGUUUGUUGGAAGAAGGAAGAGAAAUAGCAGUGAAGAGGCUUUCAAAGGAUUCUGGACAAGGAUUGGAUGAAUUUAAAAAUGAAGUCACACUCAUCGUUAAACUACAGCACCGCAAUCUUGUAAAGCUAUUUGGUUGCUGCAUUAAGGGGGAUGAAAGGAUGCUAAUCUACGAAUACUUGCCCAACAAAAGUUUAGACAACUUUAUUUUUGAUAAAAGGAGGAACAAAUUGGUGGAUUGGCAAAGGCGAUUUAACAUCAUAGAUGGGAUUGCGCGAGGGCUUCUAUAUCUCCAUCACGAUUCAAGAUUAAGGAUAAUUCAUAGAGAUCUAAAAGCCAGUAAUAUAUUACUAGAUCAUAAUAUGAAUCCCAAGAUUUCUGACUUUGGUUUGGCUAGGAUGUUUGGUGGAGAUCAAACCGAGGACAAAACAAGAAGAGUUGUCGGAACAUAUGGUUAUAUGUCUCCAGAGUAUGCUUUCUAUGGGCGUUUCUCCAUGAAAUCUGAUGUUUUUAGCUUUGGAGUUCUGAUUUUGGAGAUUAUAACGGGGAAGAGAAAUAGGGGUUACUCCGAUCCCGACAAUAAUCUUCUCCAACAUGCAUGGAGACUGUGGACAGAAGAGAGGUCGUUGGACCUGAUCGAUGCCGACGGCGGCACUGCCUACACCGGCAGUGACCCCUAUAUUACAACUGAAAUGGUCAGAUGUAUCAAUGUGGCUCUGUUAUGCGUGCAACAGCGCCCCGAAGAUAGACCCAACAUGUCAUCAGUAUUACUCAUGUUGGGUGGCGAAAGUACAUUACCUAAACCAAAUCGGCCUGGUUAUUUCAUCGAAAAGGAUCUGCCGCCAUCGAUGGCGGCUGACGAUUAUACAUCACGGGGACCAUCAAAAUCCUCGAAUGAAUUAACCAUUACAAUUUUAGAUGCCAGAUAG